AUGCGACUCCAAGACUUCCCGACUCUCAUCACCACCGAGAUCGCCUCUUAUCUACCCCUGCGAGAUGUUGUGAUCCUUGCCCACCAGUCCGCUACGCUCCAUUACGCAUGUAUACCACAGCUACGGCGAGCCCAUCGACAAAUACAGCUAAGCUCAUUAGAAGAUUGCUGCCAUGGCUUCCAAAUUCUUCUUUGGACACUACGCUGGCCCGCCCUAGGCCAGUAUGUGCGUCAUAUCGAGAUGAACACCUCAUAUGGAGGGGACUACUGCUUCGAUAUACCCCGCCCCACCAACACGCGCUCGCUAUCCGACAACGACACGAAUCUCCUCAAGGACGCUAUACGUCGGGCGGGGUAUGAAAAGGCCGAAUUUGAUGAAAUGUGGCUACAGAUAUCGACUAUCCCUGAAGAUGCCUCCACAGCAUAUACAUCGAUGAGCUUCACCACAGAUGAGGAAAAAGCCCGUGUUACUCCGUGGGCUCAGGCAUUGGCCGCGAUAUUUAUCUCAACAUCGCCCAAUCUUGAGUCUUUUGCUUUCGCUCCAAUCUCUUGGAUGCCGGGCGUUACGUGGGAGCCGAGAUAUGUCUUGAAGGAGUUUCUGGCAAAUUCCUGUCGGUAUGCGGAGAGCUUCUGUGCCCAGGGCUUAGAGAACUUACGCUGUGUUAGGCUUUUGCCUUGGGGACGACAUACGCAUAGUAUAUACGCCGGUUAUCCGUUGUCUGUCAGUAUAAAGCUGGUUGGGAAUCUACCCGCAGUGCAGACUUGCUGGAUCGAGGAUGUCCAAUCUCUUGAUGCCAUCGAGGUGCUGGAACCUGCAUCUUGUCAUUUUAAGACCAUCCGCAUUCAUCGGUCGUGUCUGGGCUUUCGGACCUUGGGGAAUGUCAUUCGCUCCUGCAAGAAACUGGAAGAAUUCGAGUAUUCUUUUGGUUCUUUCCAGACCGAGGAUUGGAAGUCGGUUAUAUACGGUCACGACUUGCUGGAUGCGCUGUGCAGCCAGGCAGAGACAUUACGCGUCUUGCACCUGGAUCUGGGGGCUCAGCAAACCGAUGUGAAGAUUAGAAAUUAUGGUCACACCGGCGAAGACACCGCAGGACUGGCGGAUUUGAGUGCCAUGACUCAUUUGGGCCUCGAUAUGGACUUGUUGCUAUACUUUGCGCGGGGGUUGACCGGCAGCGAUGACGACGGUCACUUCUCGUUGAUAGAACAACUGCCACCUCAGCUAGAGUGUCUUACCAUCUAUGGGUACCAGCCAGGAAUGAAUGCACAAUGGGAUGAGGUGCUAGAGGAGUUGAAGGAGACGAUCGUCGAUGGAGACGAAACUGUGUUUACACUGCGUGGGGUCGACGAAUACCUUCGACAUCCCAUGAACAAUGCUUAG